ACCACAACAUAGAAUGGCUUCAGAAAUGUCAGCGGUCAGUGCUGGGGCUGUGCUCUUGCUUGUUCUGUUGUUGUUGUUGUUGAUUUCUUGUCAAAGAAAAAAAUGUCAACAAGGAGGCGAAAGAACAGGAGCAGGAGCUGGAGCUCUGCAGGGUUUGUAUCAGUUCUUUUUUUGCUCUCCACCUCCAUCACUUCCUGGCCCUCCGGGCCACUUCUUGAUUGGGAAUAUGAUGGAGCUGAUGCACGACCACCUACCAAUUCAGCUGACUAGCCUCGCCCAACGCUAUGGAAGCAUUUACCGCCUCAAAUGUGGAAACACAACCAUGGUGGUGCUUAAUAGUGGGGAACUGAUAAGGGAAGCUUUGGUGAAGAAAUGGUCGGACUUUGCUGGGAGGCCAAUUUCAUACACUGGUGAUAUUGUAUCCGGGGGAGGACAGAACAUUUCUCUUGGGGAUUACACUGAGAAGUGGAGGGCACAUCGACGCCUCGUCCACGGCGCUCUGCAGCGCUGCUGCCAGCAGUCUCUACACGGUGUGAUCGAGCGGCAGGCUCUGCAUCUGAGAGAGGUUCUGAUGGGCUACCACAGCAGCCCUGUGGAUCUCUCUGAAGACUUCACUGUGGCAGCCAGCAAUGUCAUCACCACUUUGGCCUUCGGGAAAGAAUACGACAAGAGCUCAUUAGAACUGCAGCAGCUGCACAGCUGUCUGAAUGAGAUCGUGUCUCUGUGGGGGUCCUCUUGGAUUUCUGCUUUGGAUUCCUUCCCACUGCUGAGAAAAUUCCCCAAUCCUGUAUUUGCUCGUCUUCUUAAAGAAGUGGCCAGGAGAGAUGAAAUUAUUAAACAACACCUUGAUGAUUAUAAGUUGCAAGGCCAUAAAAGUGAAGGCUCCAUAACAGGAUUCCUUCUCCAAGCUCUUGAUAAACACGAGAACUCGAAAGAAGGAAAGCUGUUGACGGAUGUCCACGUUCACAUGGCGACGGUUGAUCUUCUCAUAGGGGGAACUGAAACCUUGGCAGCCUGGUUGAGCUGGACUGUGGCCUUCCUGUUGCACAGACCAGAGAUACAAACCAAAGUGUAUGAGGAGUUGUGCACGGUUCCUGAAGGACGUUAUCCAAAGUACAGCGACAGACAAAGACUGCCUGUGCUGUCUGCUCUGGUCAACGAAGUGCUCAGACUCAGACCAGUCGCUCCUCUAGCCGUUCCACACAGAGCCAUCAGAAACAGCAGCAUUGCAGGUUUUUUCAUCCCUAAGAACGCCGUCAUCAUUCCUAAUCUUUUUGGCGCUCAUCACGAUCCUGCAGUCUGGUCUGAGCCGUACAGCUUCAAACCAGAGCGCUUUCUGGAAGGUGGAGGAGGCUCCACCCGUGCCCUUGUGCCUUUCGGAGGGGGAGCCAGGCUCUGCCUGGGGGAGUCCGUGGCCAAAAUGGAGCUCUUUCUUUUCACGGCGUACCUGUUGAGAGACUUCCAGUUCAUCCUCCCUGACAGCGAUGUCUUCCCUCCUGACCUGAGAGGGAUUGCUACUGUUGUUCUCAAGAUCAAGCCCUACAAAGUCAUAGCCCAUCCAAGACCUGCAAGUGGUCUUUGACGCACCAGUGGCUGUGUUCAGUGGAAUUUUCUCCAUCUUUUUAUUCACUUCUGUGGGGAUGAAAACGUUUUUCAAUGGACUUGUUUGUGGUUUAAAGAAUAAAACACAGGAUUGAUCAGCAGAAUUUUAUUGUGAGGAGUUACAUAUAUGUUCAUAUACUCCCGGAAUCAAUAUGUAGCAACUCCAUUCUAACUUUCAACAGGCCAGACAGCACCAUCUUGUGGAUGAGCAAUGAAAUCCUCCACUUGACCCAUGAAAACAUUGUUUUGUGUACCUUAACAGAAAAUUAUAACACUUUAGCAAAUAAUUUAACCAUAUCAACACUCCAAGACUGAUCUUUUGAAUUAAACAAUUAAAACAAGAUAAUAAUAUAAAGAUUUACUAAGGCACUAUUUAGUAAAUCAUAACGGUUCAUCAAAAUAUAUUUCUUAAUUCCGUCCGAGGUUUUCUAACUCUGUCCUCUAAAUUACUAAAAUAAAUUUACUUGUGUUUUUUGAAAUAU